AUUGGAGAUUAUCAAGAUGAGCAGAAAGCCUCCACAUCGUCCCGGGAUCACAUUUGAAAUUGGUGCUCGCUUGGAAGCCCUGGAUUAUCUACAGAAAUGGUACCCUUCGCGCAUUGAGAAGAUAGACUAUGAGGAAGGGAAGAUGCUUGUCCAUUUUGAGCGCUGGAGUCACCGUUACGAUGAAUGGAUUUACUGGGAUAGCAACCGGUUGCGCCCGCUCGAGCGGCCUUCGAUGAGGAAGGAGGCCCUAAAAGACGAUGAAUUUAUCGAUUUUAAACCAGGAGAAGAGGUUCUGGCUCGUUGGACAGAUUGCCGAUAUUAUCCCGCAAAAAUUGAAGCAAUUAACAAAGAAGGAACCUUCACUGUACAAUUCUAUGACGGAGUGAUUCGGUGUCUCAAAAGAAUACAUAUCAAAUCCAUGCCGGAGGAUGCCAAAGGGCAGGCGCGCGAGAGGCAGCAGAUAGCACCGGAGCUGAGAUUAGUGACGGAUAACGAGCCACGUGAAGAUUGGAUAGCUUUGGUCAAAGCCGCAGCAGUGGCAGCCGCGAAAAACAAAGCAGGAGUUAAGCCACGGACGAGCGCGAACAGUAACAAAGACAAAGAGGAGAGAAAGUGGUUCAAAAUACCUUCAAAGAAGGAAGAGACAUCAACUUCAGCCAUGGUCCAGAAAGUCCAGAAGAAAGAAGAACAGCCCACAUCCAGUGAGACAUUUGGAUUUCCUCUGGUGGAUGUCCCAAAGAUUGCCUUUGUACAGGCGGAGAAUGCAUUAGCGCACAAGAGGAAAAACAAUCUCGGCAACUCAUUUCAAGCAAAGAGGGCCCGUCUUAACAAGAUCACUGGAUUGUUGGCAUCCAAAGCUGUCAGUGCUGACGGUGCUGAAAAGAAACAAGACCGCAAAGAAGCAGCUCCAGUCUUGGAGCAGGAGAUAUCACCUAAGCCUCAAAGUCAGAAAAAAUAUGAAGCUGAUAUUAGCAGUUCUGCCAACAUUCAGAAAUCGGCACUGCUGCUCUCCAGCCUGGCUUCAGGAAAGUCGCGCAGCAAGAAAUGCAAACAAGAAUCUGGAGAUUCUGCAGGGUGUCUAAAGCCCCUUAAAACGCCAAUUUCCCCAGAAUUAAUACAAGUGGAGGAUUUGACCCUGAUCUCCCAGCUUCCUUCUUCUGGGAUAAAUAAAACUAGUGAGCACAGACAUUUUAAAACAUAACCUUAAUUGAGAAGUCAUCAUUGGUGGGUGGGUGGUUGUUUUGUUUGAAUAUGGCUUGUUGAUCAUGAGUAGAUUUUU